AAAGCUUCUCUCUUUGAGCACAUUUUCAAAAGUGUUCGAUACAAUUUGACCUUAAAAUGUCUGUAUAAUUUUAAUAGUCAGGACAGAACACUUUACACAUUGUAUGUGAUACGGAAUUUUUCAUAAAAGUUCUGAGGUUUGUUUCUUAUGAACAAUAGUGAUUUGCAGACAGCAUCUCAGUAUACGAUGAAAGAAAAUAGUCUUAUUUACUCCACUUUCAUGUUGCCUUACUGAAUUUAUUAUUUGAACUUGAUUUUCAGUAUAUAGACUGUUCAUUGGCUAAUACGCUUGUGUACGAAAUAUAUGCUUUUUUGUGUACUACAUAUCGUAUACAUCCUUCAUUAUAUGUAAAUUUUAUAUGUAGUAUGUAGUUCACUGUAUUGGUUUGUUCGCUUUUCAGAAGGCAUUAUCUUGACCAUAUCUCCUUCCUCAAUGACUUGUGAUUUAUGCACGCUUAUUAUUCAGUAUUUUUGUGAUGUGAAAGUAACUCAUGGGGCACUAGGCCUGUUACCACGUAUAUCCCACAUUUUCUACCUCAGGUUAUUGUUCACAUUCAGAUUUAUUGAUUGAGGAUGGAAAGCUUGGAGCCUGUGUUAAUCCCUUCUAGUAAAUUUCUGCUUGUCGAAACCCCUCUUGAAGCAAUCAUUUAAGGUUACAGACACCACGUCCAUUGGGAGUCGGUUCCGGGAGUUUAUGACUCGGUGUGGGGACCAGUACUCCACAGCAAUAUGGUUUCUCCUUGGCUUUUGAACUCUCUUGCUAUGUCCUCUGAAGUGUUUCCACCUGGUGGGUAGGAAAAGAGAGAGUAGAUCAGGUCCGUAGUCAUUAUUUACAAUUUUAAACAUAGUAAUUAAAUCCGUCUACAUUAUCAUAGGGACAAGUGAUUUAAACUGUCUAGUCUUCCCUCGUAUGAUAAAUUAGACAUGCCAGGAAUCAUACGUGUCACCUUCCUUUGAACCCUUUCUAGAAUAUAUGAGUCCACUUUGGAAAGGACUGGCUGCCUGGAUACAGUUUUCAGGUCUUGACCUCACCAGAGAUGUAUAUAAGGAGGUGAAAAUAUCUAUGGUGAUUCUAGUGAAGGCUCUGCGAAUCGCCCAUAAUUAUCUGAAACUACGUGCAGCCAACGCGUGACAGUGUGCUGUAGUUUUUACGUUGUGACUUACUAUGACACGUAAAUCCAAACGAGUCUGGACUGAUGGGAAUUUUAUUUCCUCUAGUUCGUAGGGGCUGAUGCUUGCGUGUCCAAUGCUCACGGUUGUACAUUUCGCUGCAUUGAUCGGCGGCAUCCAUUCUCUGAACCACUGACAAUUUGUUGAGGUCCUUUUGUAACGUGAGCGUAUCACUGUCACCCUUCAGCUCUCUCCAGAUUUUUAAGUCACUUACUUAUCGGUGAGCGCAGAUAACUCAUUGAUGUACAAAAUAAUUAAGAGAGGCUUGAGUGCCGUGUGGUGUGGCACUCCUCUACGCACUGUUGUCCAGGAGGAGUUCAUUGAGACACUUUGAGCAUCUCAAACAUACCUCGUUCAGUUCGUGGGCUGCAUUAAGUGAUGACUGAAAGUUUUAACACCUUAUUUGGGUGGUUCAAAGGCUGUAAUUUUAUGUAAUAUCUAGAUGCUAGCGUAUUAAGCGAAUCAGCUCUAUUUCCGUAGCAGUCGAGUUCAAUACCCGGCUAACUUUUCCAGCGUUAUACAGGUUGUUAAAUUACCUGCCCAAAACACCUCUUUGUUAGGUGAUAGACAAUAAAAAUGGUUUAUGAGCGUUCCACUAACUUGUUGCGAUUAGGAUAUUUUCAUCUAUUCCAAGCCCUCCAACACAGUUGCAGAAACGUACUGGUGAAUAUAUGGCAAAUCGGCAAGAGUUAGUGUCCAUGUGUCAUUGUACCAUCUGCGUUUAAAUAACCUGUGGCUACUCCCCUCUUCCCCCACAUAAGGCGAACAGUCAGUUAUCUCUUCAUAUUUAGGUGGUAUUCGAUAUGAAAGUUUCACCCUUAAGAUACUGUUGUUUAUCAUCUAUUUAGAUUAAAAAUUAUAGACACUCAUAGAGUGACUUAGUGUUAUUUUACCUUAUUUUCUAGUUUUAAUUUUAUCAGCAUUUUUACACCAGAUACACUGUCUGCACAUCAAUUUGUCUUGGAACCGUUUUCUGUCGGCACAAAUGUCAGCUGGUGCGGAUUUUGUCCAGUACUUUAGAGAUAUUCCAAAUUCUCAUGACGACGUGACUUUACAAAUGUCUUGCCCAUUGAAUCAGUUUGAAACAUUUUCCGAUAGACCUGAGCUGCUUCAAACUCUCGCUCAUGCUGAGCUCAUAGUUUGUCGGAUUCGAGCUUAUUAUAAUCUCAUUCAGGAAAUUUGUAGUCAAUCGGUUAAUACUGGUGAGGCGUUUUCCUCUUCUCUCUUCAAAUUGGCUAAAUGUAUUGGUUUGGGUUUCGAUCAAAAACAAUUAUGGACUUUCAAUACAAACCUGACCAGUGAAUGGGAUCAGUCUAAUGCGGAAAAGAUACUUAAUCAUGCUGCUCACCUUAUGAAUUUAUUCGCUGAACAAACUAGAAAGUUAGCAACAAAAAUAUCAGAUAUUGAAAAAAUUUUGACAAAAAGUAAUGAUAACCUAAACAAACUGCAUGAUCUUCGGUCGAACUUUCAGCGUGCUCAUGAAAACUUAGAAAGUGCUAUAAAUCGUGCUGCUUCUGCGAAUCCUGCUCGAUCUGUAGAUUUACACACAUUUGACAAUCAAGUCAAAGAAGCUCAGGAAGUCUAUCAGACCACGGCAACACUUUAUCUAUCUCAUAUUCGUCAAAUUAUUGGACCGAACUAUAUUGUCUCAUAUUUACGACUGAUUAUUUUAGCAUUGUCUGUCCAGCAAUCUUAUUCCGAACAAGUGAAUGCAAUAUUUGACAGUUCUAAUAAAACAAAUACUCUCACCUCUUCAAUGUUAGUUAGCAAGCUCAAGAGUUUAAUAGCUAAUAUUGAAAAGAAAUCAGCUGUCGAUGUCUCUAGUGAUACUAAAGCAGCUAAAACUUCAUUUUCCAAGAAGAAAGAUGCAGCAGACCUAAAUAAUCCCUUAAAUACUCGACUAGAGGGUUAUUUAUUUAAGAGGAGUGGGAAAAAAGGUUGGCGUACAUGGGUUCGUCGUUGGUUCCGUGUAAAUGACAAUCAGUUAAUGUAUUGUAAGCGCUUUCCUGGGUUAACGUCUACAGAUCUUCAGUCUGCAAGUGACGCUGUAUUGACAGAGCUUAAUCAGAAAGUGAAUAUGUCAACAUCGUUUACCAGUCGAUUAACAAACGGACCGUCAGUCAAUACUCAACCUGAAAAUAAUUUUCUAACGCAAUUGACUAGUCAAGCUGCUCCACAAUGGAUUAUUUUGGAGACCAACCUUAGAUUUUGUACAGCUCGCGUUGUUCAACCAAAUAAACGGUUGACAGCUGGAGACAAACAAAUGAAUUUAUUACAUCAUAUUACGGAUCGUCGUUUUGUAUUUGAACUUGUAUCUUCAGGGCAUAAAACAUAUUAUUUACAGGCUGGUAGUGCGGAUGAAUUAAAUCUGUGGGUGAAUACUCUGCGCUCUGGUUUCCACGAUCUCUGCCAGACUGAUUUACCGCGUCUCACUAACGAUUCACUUAAUUUAUCACGUUCACGUAGCCCAACACAAAUCAGCUUAGACAUUUCCAAUAGUCCUUCAGUUAGCUCCGCAUCUGGUAUCCUUACUAGUCGUACGAAUGAUCCUUGCACACAACCCUCUCAGUCGUCGCUUCCAGACUAUAAUGCGCUGAAAAACAAGAGUGGGGUUUUAUUAUGGCGUGAACCUGAUUUAGCUGGAAAUCGUUUUUGUGCUGAUUGUGGUGAUGGAGAUGCGAAAUGGGCUAGCAUUAAUUUAGGUGUGACACUGUGUACUCUAUGUGCCGCAGUUCAUAGAAGUCUAGGUGUUCACAUCUCUAAGGUUCGAUCACUAACUUUGGAUAACUGGCAACCGGAAUUAUUACACGUUAUGCUAAAUUUAGGCAAUAAAUUUGUGAAUGAGAUUUUUGAAGCGAAUCGGAAUAAAUAUACUGCAUCAGAGUUUCCCCGUAUAUCAACGACAACACCAUUCGAGCAACGCAAAGCCUUUAUUGAAGCUAAAUGGGUUCGUCUGAAGUUUGCUCGUCUCCCAAUACCUAAUAGAGGAGCUUCUGAUUCUACGGAAGCUACCCGGUGGAUUAAACAGUUGUACGAUAAUUGGAUUAAAGCACGUGCUGAAACACGUUAUAAUUUUCCUGAACUUAUCUGUCAUCCUGUUUCAUCGUCUUCACUGGCAUCUAUCCCAGAAUCGAAUAGCUUGGAUAAAAAAUUAAAUCGACACAAUGCAUAUCGUUAUGCUAUUCUAGAUCAAUUAAUGAAUGUCAUCAAGACCCUAUAUGAAAAGCACAAGUUGAACACAAAAAGUCGAUCAAAGACACUAUUUCACUCUGCUGAGCAGAAAAAGGCUGCGGAGAAUUUAGUUUGUUUUGGUGCUCGUCUUGGUUGUCCACUUCUUAUUUUAUCCGGUCUAGCUGCAGGUGCUACUCCAGAGGUAAAAAUGAAACUUGGUGAAUCAUCUGUCAGUUACCCAGCGUUGAUAUUAGCAUCACGCAUUGGUUCUAUAGCAGCUAGUGAAUUUCUUCUAUUAAAUGGAGCAGAUAUUGAUGUAAAGGAUGAUCAUGGUCGGACUGCACUUCAUCAUGCCUGUCGUUUUGGCCGAGUGCAUCUAGUUUGCCUGUUAUUACGACGUCGAGCCAAUCAGAUGAUUUCAGAUAAUGAUGGAAAAUUACCACUGGAUGUUGCGUUAGAAUUAGCCAAUGCUGAUAUCGUAACAUUGUUACGAUUACAACGCUUAAAUGACACUGCCAAGAACUCUGAUAUGGCGUUGAACGAUGAAACAGUCAGCGAUGUAUUUCAUGAUUUCACGUCACGUACGUAUUACUUAAACUGUGAUGAUUAUUAUGAUGAUGGUGCAAAUGAUGACGAUGAUACAGUUUGUGUUAGUCGUGAAUUGUAUGACCCAUCUUCGCCAAAGUAUACUACUGAUAGAGUUGUUAAAAUUCGACCAAAUUAUGAAGUGGAUUCGUCGACAUUACCUAAUACUGAUAAUAUUAGCAAAAUUUCUGAUAAUGGAGUGUUAAUUAUUUCCCCGACGGUGACUAUUAAAGCUAAAAUUAAUCCAGUAUCUACUGCCGUUGAUAUUCGACGACGACGGGGUAGAAAAUAAUCAACAUAUUACCUCUUUUUUUUAAAAAAAAUUCCCUUGCCAACUGACCAUGAUGAUAAUGUAUUCAUCAAUUGGAAAUGCUUUCCAGGCGUAUUUCUUUUUUCUUUUUCUUUUCUAAACACUUACUCUGUAAGAUAUAUAUACAUUUUAUCUUAGAGAUGCUCCAAUGUAUACUGAUAAUAUUUAUUUAUUUAUUUACAGUGAUUUCUUAAAAUUUAUUUUCAUUAUUAUUAUUAUUAUCAUUAUUAUUUAUUUGUUAUUAUUUUUCUUGAAUUUAAUUUGAUUGCAGUGUGUUAUUUUUGUUAUUUAGGGUUUUUGUCAAAAACACUACCUUUAUAAUCCUACGUAAUUCUUCAUUGUUCACAGCCAACAGUUAAGUGGUGCUGUUCUCUGAAUGCAUAUAAAUGGUAUAGUAGGAAUUUUAUUUCAGCUUAUAAUUAUGCCUUCGACAAUUCCGUUUUGAGGAAAGAAAAGAAAAAAACACACAUUUCGCUCCGACUAGAUCAUGUUUAUAUUUUCUAGGGAGUAUUCUAACACUACACUAGUGAGUGAAUUAUGAUUACCUUGCAAGUACUUAUUUGAUUGUAUUAUUGUGUAUUUUGUUUGUUAUGAUUCCCCUCUAGUUUAUACUGUGUUUUUUUUUUGUAGCAAUUUUGUUUUCUAAUUGCUUUUUCCGCAUUGUAUAUGGAAACAGAAUUUUCUAGUGUAUCUAUUUUUAUUUUAGCUAAGGUUGUUAAACUUUGAGAUAGUCGC